GCUAAAUGAAAACAAUAAUUUUGCUUUAUUUAAAGCAUGAUUAAAUAAGCAAGUAUAACACUGAUUUCUACUUUAUAUAUUUUUAUAAUAAAAGUCAUUCACAUUGAAGUGAAACAAAACCAAAGAUACACCUGUUAACAUAAUUGCGUGAGCGAAUCAAUAAGACCGUUGCAGCUCCAGUGUCCAAUACGGAUCACGACAAGGCUUAUGACUUGACCACACAGCCAUGACGAUGUUGGUGUAGAUCUGCAGAAAGCUCCAAAGGAUGGACGACGUGAUGGCCUCGCGACUACCAGUGGAGGUUGUCACCCAUGUGAUGCGCUUCCUGAGUGUUUCCGACAGGAAGGAGGCUGCAUUGGUUAAUAGUAUUUGGUACGAAGCAUCUCUGGACCCUAUCCUCCAAGACGAUGUUGUUCUACACUUCCAUGCCCUAACCACUAAUGACAGAACACCACAGAUCACCAGACGCAACCUACCUCACCUAAUAGUAGACCAGUUCGACAACUCACUGAACUCUAAGGUCAUUAUACUUAAGUCAUGUGAGCAGCUCAGUCAAUCAUUGCAGAGUCUGUCUCUAAAGUCCAGUAACAUCACAGAGAGCACCUUCGUAGAGUUAUUAUCCAAGUGUAACAAUCUGGUCAGCUUGAAUCUCAGCUGUUGUAACUCACUUUUUAUGUCAGGAAAACUGCUGGAGAUGAAUGGAGACAUGCAGAAACUAAAGUCUGUACUAGGAUCUGUGCAAAACCUUGAUUUGUCUGCCAUUCGUUACAUGUCAGAUUCUACAUUCAAUCGUAUUGUAACAGUGUGCCCUAAUUUGAGCUCUCUGUCUCUAGGAUCUGCACAACUUACCUUCAACAGUUCAUCCUACAUGCCCAGGGGCAAGACAAAAUGUGCCAGUAGCACACUGUUGACAUUUGACAAUAUUCUUGAGUAUCUAAAACUUCAAAGUCCCAAAAUGAAAUUGUUGAAUUUGAGUAGAACGGCAUUAACUGAUGAUGCAUUAGAGACCCUAGUGACACUGGAAGGUUUGAAAUUAGAGGAGUUGGUUCUGGUCUGUUGCAAGGAUAUUUCUGAUUCAGGAAUUUCUGUCAUUUGCAAGUAUCAAUCAAAAUUGAAGACGAUUGACUUGAAGGGAUGUGUGGAUCUCACAGAUGGUGCUAUAAACUUGAUGAGUAAAAACCUUUUGGUUUUGGAGAACUUAAAACUUGGAAAAUGCAGAAGGGUGUCUGAUCAUUCCAUAAAGCAGUUGAAGCAUCUGCCCUGUCUUGAGCUGGUGGACCUUUCGGAGAACUACCUUGUGACCUCCCAAGGCCUCAUUGAAGGCCUCUGUGGUAAUAUCAACAUUCCACUGGUGCAUCUCAAUCUUAACUGUUGCCCUAGUGUCACCGACAGUUUCAUCCUGUCUAUGUGUAAAGUGGUCACACACCUUGUGCAUCUUGAUUUAGGGUCCUGCUUCCCACUUACAGAUCACAGCUUGGUCACCAUGUCAAAGAAUUUGAAACAUCUGAGAUACCUACGACUAGCUUGGUGUAAAGAGAUCACAGACCUUGGACUCCUGGGAUAUGAGAGAACAGAUGGAGAGUCACAGGAUUCACAUGAACACGACGAACACGGAAAAUGUCGAUGUACACGGAAAUACAAUAGCACAGAAAUAUUCCGAAAACCCACAGGAAAUAUCCAUUUGAAGAACAAAUCUGGAGAAAUGGAGAAGCUUGUGUCCAGACACAAUGAGGUUUGUACCCUGAAAAAUCUUUCAAUUCUACGUGAACUGGAUUUGUCUGCAUGUCCCAAAAUAACAGACACUGGAUUGACGCAAGUUGUCAAGUUCAAAGAACUUAGGUCAUUGAACUUGAGUAUGGUUCAGAUUACAGACUUGACAGUGCACUCAGUGACCUCCAACAAUCCCAGCCUUGAGCACCUAAGCUUGGCUCAGUGUGCGGCCCUGACUGAUGAUGCCAUAGAAUGUGUUGCCAAGCGACUACCCCGGCUGACAAGCCUUGACAUCUCCAAGUGUGAUAAACUGACCAAUAAGAGUAUCCAGUUUCUUAAAGAGUAUUCAAGCAGGCUGCGUACAUUGGAUGUGUCAUUUUGUGAGAAUAUAUCUGUUGCCGCUGUUGACAAUCUGGAGACAAGUCGGAACUUGAAGAAUGUACAAAAGCGACUUCUAGGUGGCAGCUUUUAAUAGUAGGUUUAAUGAUGAGAGUAAAAUUCCUAUGAGAGGUUUGUGAUAUGAUUCAAACUUGAGGAUCUGCAAGGUGUUUACUGGAAUGUGUGACCCCUUAGACCAAAGGUGUUUACUGAAAUGUGUGACCCCUUCGACCAAAGGUGUUUACUGAAAUGUGUGACCCCUUAGACCAAAGGUGUUUACUGAAAUGUGUGACCCCUUAGACCAAAGGUGACGGAUAUAGGGAAACAGAACACGUUGUUUAACUAUAUAUAUUGUCAAAUAUUUAAACUAGAACUGUGAUCAAAGUUAAAUGUUAUUGAUUUUCAUAUUCAUAAAUCUUCCAUUUUAAGAGUUUGAGAAAUCUUACGUUUGGUAUAACUUUAUCACUUAUACAUAUAUGUAUUAUCAUUGUUAUCAUGAUGUCAUUGGUGUUUGAAUGAAAACUUGUUUUGUGCUGCUGUACAGAAAAACACUUUAUUCUUGGUUUGAUGGAAAUAUGUACAUGAACAAAACCAUGUUGCUGUUUACAUUUUGUGAAAUCAAACAUGGUUUACAAUAAAUCCUUCAUAUUUUUCUUGAGGUUGCCUACAUUUAGUAAAAUACAAUCAAACUUGUUAGGAAGCACCUCAAUUAAGAGGCCACUUGUGUUGAGAGACCAUUUUUAAUGUUCCCCAUUUGAGUUAUUUCAUUGUAAACCGAACCUGUAUUAAGAGACCACCUGUGUUAAAAGGAUAUUUUUUGGACUUUCUGCGGGUGGUUGCUAGGGCUGUCACAAUAUAUCAGAAAAACGGUAUAUCGCAAUACACGGGUAUAUCGUAUUGUACCACAAUAC